AGCAGACAAGGCCAGUAGCUUUCAGAGAAACAGAAACAGGAAGAACUGGAGGUGAGAGGAGCUCCAUGGCAGCCUGCAAGUGCCAACUGUAGCAAAUACAAGUAGAUGACUGUGAACUCUGCCUCCCAUGAUGGACAAGAAAAGUACCAAUGGCUUUCAGACCAAGGCCAGUGAAGGUGGUGUUCAGAAGAAGCAGCUGCCCUACUCGGUGGAGACACCGUAUGGCUUCCACCUGGAUCUUGAUUUCCUCAAGUAUGUUGAUGACAUUGAAAAAGGCAACACGAUCAAAAGGGUCCACAUCCAGCGUAGGGUGAAGGGACCACCUAAAUUCAGCACUCUGCCAAGAAAUUUCAGCCUUCCUGGACAUGGAGUCAGGCCUGCUCCCAAAGAAAAGGACAGUGCAUGGUCUGGGACAUCUACCUUGGGACCCAAGCCUAAAUCACGGGUGACAGAAGUCCAACAGAUUUUUGACUUCAGAGCAAGUGAAGGGGGAAUAUCCAACCAGAGUGCCAGAAGUCCAACCAAUCAAGGAACUGGAUAUGUUUCAGCAAAACCCAGAGAUGAUGCAGGUGCCGUGGCUCGAGGUGUUGAAGACAAAACUGCUACAAUUCAAAGUCGUCCAAAUCUUCUCAGAGCAUCAAGCAUGCCCAUCACCCUACAGCAGCGCAAAGGCUCAGAUUCCAGCAGCCCUGACUGCGCCAUAGGAACCCCAGAGAGUGGCUCAACAGAAAACAUGUUCCGUGCUUCACCUGAGAUAACUGAACGACGAUGUCUCCCGCAGGAUAGAGCAGGUCUUCACCAGCAGAUUACAGUGGCUCUAAGGAGGGUCAGAGAACUAGAGGAGCAAGUCAAAACCAUCCCAGAAUUAAAGGCUCAGAUCUGCUCUUUAAGGGAAGAGAGGGAAAAGUUACUCCUUCAGCUUCAAGCUCAAGCCCAAGCCCAAGCCCAAGCUCAGAUUUCCACAUCAUCACAUGAAGUAGCAACAAGUUCUGGGGCCAAUUGUCAUAGUCAAGUCCACAAACACUCAGAAGGGCUCAACUUAUCUGUGACACCUCCACCCCUUGGAGGUUUAGAAACGGCUGAACGUGUGGCCGAAGAGCCAGUAAAAGAGAAAAAGAGAGUAAGUGAGACACAGGUGACUAAAGUCUCACAAAAGCAGAGAGUGACUGCCACGGCACAGAGACCAACACUGCCGUCACAAGAAUUAGACAAGCGAAAAGAGACUUUAGAGAGUCCACAGGAGGAUGCGGUGAGAAAACUGUUGCAGGACAUUGAAGGGCAUGAAUUAACACUAUUAGACGUAACUAGCAAAGAAAACGAGAAUGGCCGAAGUCUAGAUUUGAAUAGAACAAAAGAAGGAAACUUUGAGGGCCCAGAUGGAAUGUGCAAUUUGCAGGAGAAGCUCAAUGUACUGGAGGCAAAACUUACUCAGGCUAGCCAAGAGCUGGAGAGAACAAAUUCUCUUUUGAAGGAGCAAAUAAAGGAGAACAAAGCAAAAGAGGAGAGAAUAUUAAAACUGAGUGAAGGAAUGAGAGUGGAAAUUUGUUCCACACCAUCACUAGAGCGCCCAAGAAGAGAAAGCAUGGAUGCAGGAACAGUUACAGAGAGAACAGAUUUCGCUAACCAGGAGACAGCUACAGAGUCCCCAGGUACAGUAGAUCAAGGGACAGACAUGGAUAGAAUCUGUGUGGAAGUGUGCAUUCCCAAACCAAGCGCUGGAAGUGUAGAUCAAGGGACAGUGACUGGUAAAGCCGGCACCCAUGACCAAGUGACAGAGAUAGAAGGAGAGGAACCGUUGAUUCCACCUCGACCCCGAGCCAACAGCAUGGAGCAGGGCACAAUUACAGAGAGCAUCUCCACUCAGGAUCAGAUGACUGAGACAUCUGUGGCUGAAAGAGUAAACCAAGUCACAGAAACAGAAGGAGAGACAGUGAUAGACCAUCCCCAGAGGCCAAGGGCCAGCAGCGUAGACCAAGGGACAGAGACAGAGCGAGUGGACACAGUGGACAGGGUGACAGAGACAGAAGCAGCGCCAAGAACUGAUCAGCAAACUGAAACUGAGACAGAAAGAAGACAGGACAACAACCCCGACAGGCAUACAGAGGCAGAAGCUCAAGUCAAUGAAAAUGAAGACAGACGACAACAAAGUCCUGUGGUCAGUGAAGGACUUGAAGAUAAAACAACAAAUGAACAAAUUAAAAAAGAAACCGAAAGUCUAGUUCUGGAUGUUUCUACAGAGAGUAGAACUACAGAAGGUGACGCAUUUGUGCAGAUUGUAGUUUCAGAUGUUAGGAGCAAGACCGUCGAUUGUCCAAGUCCAGUGUCUGCAACAGUAGACAGUGAGACUGCUGUGAUUCCUACACAAGUUGACUCAAAAACACAAAAAAAUGAGAUCCUUAAGAAUGUAGAAACAGAAAACACUGAAUCCAAACAUGACACCUUGGACAAGACUGAGAAGAAUGAAGCAAAAGAAGAAGAGGAAAGGUGUGCUGUUAUCAAGGAAAGCGUGGUUAUGGACAGUGUUGUUGGAACAGCGGAGAGUUCAGAUGUGAAGACAGCAGCACCUGUAAGACCACAGCGUGGGCGAAAGACCUCCAUAGAACAGCUACAGCCAUCAUCUUCUCAACUGCAGGCACUUCCUGUUCUCCCUCCUGGGGAGUCCAGUGAAACUCAAGCUCAGCAGAUCCAGACAAAAACCCAACCCCAGGCUCCUGUACAGUCUGUCGUACAAUCUGACGUGCAGUCCUCAGCACAGCGCUCUGAAUCCCAGGAAACACAUCAAGCCCCUUCUGUGUCUCAGGUCGAAAACCAUAGUCAAUCAAAGAAGCCUUCUAAGGAGUCCACUGUGAGGCAAUCUCAAGCACAACCUCAGGCUGGCGCUAAAAGUCCCUCCCCAGGCUCCGUUGAAGUCCAGAUCAGACCCAAAUCUAUUCAAGCCCAAUCUCAGUCUCAAGUUUCUACAUCCCGUAAAGACUCAAAGGAAAUGAAAGCACCACAGAAGGGGACCAGUGUAACCAAUACAGCUAGACGUGGAUCUGGGGAAGCCAAGACCCGCCCGACUCCUCAGGGUUCCCGUAGAAGCUCUAGUGACACUCAACCACUUCUCAAAGAUGCCAGUGAACCACAAUCACUACGAAGAGGUUCCACUGAAGCAGCUCAGCGACGUGGUUCAGGUGAAGCUUCACGUCGGGAUUCUGCCGACGCACAGUCUGCUCGCAGAGGUUCCAGUGAAUCGCCCACAUCGCCUGCGGCUUUGGGCCACGUCGUGACACGGAUAACAGGGCUUCUUGGAGAGCAGUGGGCACAGCUGGGGAGCAGCUCCGGAGCACAACAGCCAGCCAGCCAGCAAGAAAGCCCCAUAGCACAGAAACAGGCCGUGAGCAAAAGGACAGAGGCAGGAAAGGGAACUUCAGCCAAGCCCACAGGGAAAUCAGAGUCAGCAGCAACAACGGGGAAACAAGCAGGAAAGCCUGGUCCCUCCAAAAUGAGCUCUAUUCAGAGUCAACUGGUCAGUUCCCUCAGUGUGCUCUCUGCUUUCUACUCCCCAGGCCAGAAAGGGGCUUCUGCCAGCAAACAGCAAGAACAAGGUCUCAAAUCUAUUAUGAAGAAAAAUGGUGUUGCUGACAAGCAAGGCAACAAGGGAGCCAAGAAGAACCUGAAAUUUGUUGGGGUGAAUGGAGGCUAUGAGACGACUUCCAGUGAGGAGUCCAGCGGAGAUGAGAAGUCGAAAGUGGAGGUGGAGGAGGAAGACAGUUCAGAACCAGAGGUGGAGAAGGAAAAGGACAAGGAGCCUGAGAAAACAGAGGAACAAAGCCAGACAACAGAUGCAGAGGCAUCAGCUGAGGUUGGAGGUGCUGCAGUUGCAGAAAAGGAGGUAGAAAGAGGUCUGCUGGACCCAGAAGAGAGCCAGGAGUUCCUGGAUGAGCAGGCUGAGGGAGGUAAAGUUGACAAAGGAUUCAUUGAUGCUUGUCUGUAUGUAAAAGACCGCAUGGAAGAGGUCUCAUCUCCAGAUAAAGAAAUGCGUCAGGUAUUAGUGGUUCUCUACCAGGAAUGGUUUAAAGUGUCCAGUCAAAAAGACUCACAGGCAGAUACUGUUAGAUUAUACCUGCGACAAGUGGGCUUGACCACCCCCACUCUCCUGCCAUAUGUUGUAAACUUAACAGACGGCAAUGGGAAUAUGGCUCUCCAUUACAGCGUGUCACACUCCAACUUCCCUGUUGUCAGAUUGCUUCUAGAUACAGGUCUUUGUGAAACAGACAAUGUUAAUAAGGCAGGUUACACUCCCGUGAUGCUGGCCGCCCUGACGGCUGCUGAGAGUCCUGAUGACCUGGAAGUGGCCGAGCAGCUGCUGAAACUAGGAGAUCUUAAUGCACGCUCCAGACAGGCGGGCCAGACAGCACUCAUGCUGGCAGUGAGCCAUGGCCGAGUUGCCAUGGUGAAGCUGCUCCUGAGCUGCGGUGCGGAUGUAAAUGCCCAGGACCGCGAGGGAUCAACAGCCCUGAUGUGCGCUUGCGAACACGGACACACACACAUCGCCAGUCUGCUGCUGGAGACUGGUCAAUGCGAUACCAGGCUCACAGAUAAGAAUGGUCAGACAGCUCUGUCAGUGGCAGAGGCAGCCUCUCACCAAGACAUUGUUGACCUCCUGAAGGCCCAAGCAUCUGAGCCCACGUUGACUACAGACCUCCUCUGAGACAGUUUGCCACACCACAGCUCUUCCAUUUCCAUUGUACUCUUUCUCCUAAAAAUGAGGGGGGAAGCUGAAAUAAGUGCAUGGCACUCAGAAAAAUUUACUUCUCAGACGUGGAUUUACAUCUAAACUUGGACUCUUCUGCAUUUGGGUGUUUAUAGAUAUGCUGCACAACCUGCUCAAAAAGUCAAAGAGGAAUGAAUGAAGUGGUCAUCAUAUAUUGCCAUGGCAUCAAGUAUAACUGAUCGCUUUUUUAGCAAAACACAGGGUGAGAAUAUAAAUCUGGUAGUGGGCAAUACUCUGAACUGCUGCUUCUUAUCAUCAACUAAAACUUUAAGGAAAAUACUAAGCACAUGGUCUACCUUAAAUAUAUAUUAUUGAAAAUACAUUAAUUUCUAUUUUCUUUAUGAUACUGACAUCAUUCUUUUCAUAUUUGGACAUAAAAGCCAUUUAUCGAGAGCAUAGAUUGCUAGAUAGAUAUUUAGAUUGUAGGUUAUAAUCAUUUAAACAGAGACUGUAUUUUCUAUGGCACUUUUUAUUUUGUUUGUGUACAGUAAAUAGACUUCUAUGAUAUAAUUGUGAAGAGGAGACUAUAUGACUUCAAUGGUGUUGACUGACAUCAUUUAUUGAAUCCCAGUGAUCAUGUCAUGUGUGAUCUUAAUUUGUGAAUAACUGAAAUACUAAUGGUUUUAGCCAGACAUAGAAUAUUUCUGUUGGACAAAAGGUGAAUCACUUUUUAAUAACAAAAGAAAAAACAUGACCAACCUGAAGAGUAAAUAGAAAUGUCCUCUUUAAAAGAUUGUAACACGCAAAGGAAGCUGCAUGCCAAUAUAGUUACUCCCCCUACUGUCAUAUGUAAAGUACUGCACAGCAGUAUGUUGUAAUACUGUCUGUUUUCAUGACUUCUCUCUUGUUCAUGGGUUCGGAUAUAAUGUAUGCCUUGUUUGCCUGCUUGUUUCAAAUCAAUUCAUGUAUGCAACUGAUAUGAAAUGCACAAUGAAUGUCAGGCUGGCUGUGACACAUUCCAGGAGUAACAAUGUAGCAAGUUUAACUAAACUGGCAUGAAUCAAAGUACUAACAUUCAGGCUGUCAGUGGAUGUGGCGACAGUACAGUGAGUCUGGAAAUUGUAAUAUCGUGUUUCUGGAAUAAUUUCCUGGUUUUAUCACCAUAUCUUUAGAUUCCUGGGGGAAAAAGAAUCAAUUUAGUUUUCACCAGCAAUCUAAAUCUCACAACUGCAAAAAGAAAAUCUAAAAGGAGAGGGAUUAUUUUGUUUGCAGAAGGAAGCAAUAUCAGUGAAGUACUACCUUGUUGUUUAGGCACUGGGUAGGUCGUGGGACGUUGGUCUAGCCUUAAUUCGACAAAUAUCCACUGCUCUGGAGAUGAUGAUUGCAUCCCAGUAAUUUAGGAUCUUCUGUCUGCACCUGUCUUUAAGCGCUGUAAAACAUGAGUAGUGGUCCGAUAAAAUGUUUACAAUUCAACAUUCCUCCAUAGCCACAGCAAAUGCCAAUCAUUUGAAUAUGUUUACAUGAAAAAGUGGAAUAAGGUGAAGACAAUAAAAGAUAUGGCUUGUUGACUCCAGCUCCUCUGGACGCUGCCUGAGAGCAGUAACAGUUCAGUUGUCACUUCUAUGAAAGCUAUGAAAUCUGAUAUUCGAAUUGGUUACUGUUUCAUUGCUAAGGUCAGCAAACAUAAGGGAUAACACCACUGAAAUCUACAACUGCCAUAUCUGUGAUCAGCAACAAUCUAGUCUGUAUUUGUACUGACAAAAUGAGUCAAUUUGUGCUGGAGUAAGACUUAAGGUAAGUGAGGAAAAACAGAACGCCUCAAUUAUACCUACGUAUAAAGUUUUAUAAAAUAUUAAUGACCUGUUCCAUCACGAUUCAUUUAUUUUUCAUUGCUUUUUUAUACUUGUUUUUCCAGAAUCCGAUCAAUGGUUCUGAAUCAGUUCUCUGUCAUACCCACAGACUUGAAUAUGAAUAUUCAGCGCAAAAAAAAGACUAGGGCAAUUGUCCAGUAAGGGUCCCCAGGCUAGGCACUACAUGCUACCCUAAGCCUACCUCAGCUGUAACAUUGUAUGUUAUAAGGCGCUUUGGAUAAAAGUGUCUGCUAAAUAUACAACCAAACACUGACUGCAUUAACACAUCAUUUUUUACAAUUGGAUUUGUCACAUUGUAACACAGAUUUUCUCUUGAAUAACCUAUAUUUGGAAAGUUUCAUGUCAGAUCUGUACAUGUGAUCAAUAUAUAUACCCUGCCAUAUUUCAGAGAGCAGAGGAAAGGUCAGAUCUAUGUUGAGAGAUGUAUCUGGUUUAUCUGGUCUUCCGUGCCUACAUACAUCAUAAUAUUAUGAACAUCUACAAAUUUAAUCCAGUGUGACCCAGAUAUUUUGCAUCUGGUUGAUCGCCAAAGAGCUGAGAUCAAAUCUGCUGCAUAUUGGGUUAAAUUUCUGUAUUUUAAAUGUUUCUGUAAAUCCGGCCAAAUACAUGUACAUACAGUAUUGUGAAAAGUAUAUAACAAGUAUUGUCUGACAGUCUAACAAUGAUAUCAAGUAUUUAUUCAAAAUGCUAUAUUUUUUAUUAUAUCAAAAAUAUGUAUGCAUGGACAAAUAUUCAAGUGAUACUGCUCGAGGGGGAUUUGGGUGAUUGCAAAGUGUUCCCUGACGAUGUGAUCAUUUGACUUACUUUGACUGAUUGGAUGUUUGUGGUAUGUUCGUGACUCGGCGAGGCUGUGAAUUGUCAUGUGCCCUUAAUGCUACUUUUGACAUUUGCAGGGAAAAUGUGAACAUCUAACUCUGACUCAAGCUAUGAGAAUAAUGACUCCCCUCUUUAAACCCCAGUCUGAGAUUAUAGCUAUAUGACAGAGUCAAAUGUAAAAUCUGUACCUCUCUGUGAUAUUCUGUGUGAAACAAACUUGUAUCUUCUAAACAGAAAACUACUUCUAAAUAAAUCAAAGUUUAAACAUGAUUAAAGAUUAUUCCUCAACA